AUGGGAGACACUAUCAAUUCUACCACUUUGCCCGAUGUCGCCUCCGAAGCUCUCCGUGACUGCGUGCCCAUAGAGUUUUCUGCCGACAGCCUUGUCGCCCACGCAGACUUCAUCACUGACUCGGUCACAUCCACGACCAUCAUCGGUGGUUUGUAUACAGAACUAGUCACCUUUGCUGAGCAAGCCUCUGCUUCUCUCCACGAGGUUGUGCUCGCUGCCAUUCGCAUCUUGCAUCUGCGCUACUCUGCCCCAGUCCUGUCAGCAACUAACAAUCCAACUGGACUGAGCUAUGACAAUGCUGAGGAGACAGACGAGAGGAGUGUGAUCACGACAGGAGUCAAGAAUUUCUUCGACUUCCCAUUCUUCCUCGCCAUUUACAAGGUCAGGGACUACCGAUUUACGUCGCUGUGA